AUGAACCGCGGCAGACUCGUGCUGUUUGAGGGCUUGGAUCGCACUGGCAAGACCACUCAAUCCAAUAUUCUACUCGAGAGAUUAAAGCCCAAUGCUACGCUAAUCAAGUUUCCAGAAAGGUCGACUGAAAUUGGUGCCGUCAUCGACAGGUACCUCAAGGAUAAGACGUUCGAAUUGCCAGACCAGGCUGUCCAUCUUCUGUUCUCUGCUAACAGAUGGGAGAUGGCUGAGAGAAUCAAACAGCUGUUGCUACAAGGAACGCAUGUGGUUCUCGACAGAUACGUAUACUCGGGCGUCGCCUAUUCUGCAGCCAAGCACACAGAUAGAAUGGACAGAACUUGGUGUUUGCAGCCUGACAGGGGGCUCCCAAGACCGGACUUAACUAUAUUCCUGACCAGCGACGACGCAGAGAAUGAACUUCGAGCAGGAUUUGGCGAAGAACGAUACGAGAAAUCCGAGUUCCAACAGGAGGUCAAGAGGCAAUUCGUAGAGGUUUUCAAGGCUUUGGAAGACAGUUCCCACGAGGAGAAACUUGUGCACGUAGUCAAUGUUACAGGCAAGUCCGUAGAAGAGGUCGCGAAGGUCGUUUGGGACUUAGUCGAGCCCGUUGUCACGCUACCAACCGACUCGACUUACAGUGAACUACUCUACUUCUAA